AUGCUACAAGCCAUUUUCCGUAGCAAAUCCGUAGUUAUUGUCUUAUACCUACGGAAUACAUACGGAUUGUGCCAUAGCUAUUGCCCUAGUUUUCUAGUAGUGUAUUUGAGUUUGCUUACACAUUUGUUAGCAAUAUCACUCGCUUCCCUUGUUAUCUAUUGGCUCAUAACCUUCAGGAAUGGCUUUGGUCUCUUCAACCCUUCAACAGAUCUCAUGUUCAACUGGCAUCCACUUCUCAUGAUACUCGGAUUCAUUAUCUUUUCAGCCGAAGCAAUGAUUGCAUACAAGGCGAUUCGAGGAACAAGACAAGCACUUAAACGAGUUCACCUAACAUUGCAUUCGAUCGCACUUGUCACUGGGCUUUGUGGUGUUUAUGCAGCAUGCAAAUAUCACUAUCAACUCCAAGUACCACAUUUGUACACGUUACAUUCGUGGUAUGGUUAUUCAACCAUCUGGUUAUUUUGUCUUCAGUUCAUCUUAGGGUUUGAUGAUUUUGUGAUUGAGUCAGCUACAAUCGGAGCAGGAAUUGGGCGAUCCCAUGGCUUAGCUGGCCUGCUGAUAUUUUGGUUGGCGAUACUGAGUGCUGGGACGGGAUUGAUGAAGAAGUCUGACAUUCUACACUUGUACCCUGGUCAAGUGGAAACGAAUGUGGUUAAUGUUAUAGGAAUAUUAUUAGCACUCCUUGGGGUUUCUGUAACCCUUGUUUUGAGUCGAUAUUUAUAUUGA